CAGAUUGCAACCAUGCUCUAGGGAAUUGAACAUGCGUAGAGGAUUUUUCUGACACAGAAGAGUAUCGGACCUCCUGAGAUGCAGCGCAGCACUAUGUCGACAUCCUCAUCGUCUUCCAGCUCAUACAACUUGAUAGGGCAGUUGCGCGGGAAUAAGAAGUACAAGCUUGUAAAGAAACUGGGGUCUGGAUCUUUUGGUGAAAUCUUUCUCGGCACGCACGUUACCAAUGGAGCCGAAGUGGCUAUUAAGUUGGAGCCAGUCAGAACGAUGCACCCGCAGCUUCUGUAUGAGGCGAAGGUCUUUCGACACCUUCGUGGCGGACAGGGAAUUCCGGAGAUCUUGUGGGUUGGCACUGAGGGUGAUUCCAAUGUGAUGAUCAUGGACUUGCUUGGUCCGUCGCUUGAAGAUCUGUUCAACUAUUGUCACCGUAAAUUCUCACUCAAGACUGUGUUGAUGGUUGGCGAUCAGAUGAUAACCCGUCUCGAGUAUAUUCACAGCAAAGCUUUUCUUCAUAGAGACGUGAAGCCAGAUAAUUUCUUAAUGGGGACACAUCGGAAAACUCAUCAGGUCUAUAUUAUCGAUUUUGGACUUAGUAAGCGCUAUGUGGAUCCUCGCACAAGCCAGCACAUAGCGUACCGUACUGGUAAAAGCUUGACGGGUACAGCAAGAUACGCCAGCAUUAAUACGCAUCUGGGAUUGGAACAGGGCCGUCGAGAUGAUUUGGAGGGUCUCACCUAUGUACUUUUAUACUUCCUUCGAGGGCAGCUUCCAUGGCAAGGGCUUCAGGCUGCAAAUCAAAAAGAAAAAUAUCACAAGAUUUGUUUGAAGAAACAAAACGUUCCAGUUAGGGAGCUGUGUAAAGGCCUCCCUGCGGAAUUCGGAACACUCCUUUGCUACUGCAGAAAUCUAAAGUUUGAAGAAACUCCUGAUUACAACUAUUGUAGAAAGUUGCUGCGAGAGGUCUUUGAAGCUCACAAUUUCACUCUGGAUUACGUGUAUGAUUGGACUAUCAAGCAAAGGGAAGCAAGCUCGUCAGGCUCCAGCGCGACCGUGGAGCCCAACCCUGAGAUCUUAUCACGAAAUGCCCAGUUGUCUGCGGAAGCUGAGCCAGCUGAUUCUGGCCCCCGCGAAAGGGAGAGAGAGCGUGACAAGGAGAAGGACAAGGAAAGGGAGAGGGACAGAGAAGUCGACCCCGGGUUAACGAACAGCCCCAUGGGUGUGAGUAGUCAAAACAAUGCCUUGAGAGGCGGGGCUGUGAAGAAGAGUGGAGGGGUGAAUGCAAAGCCGGGGGACGUCAACAAAUCUAGUCAAUGUAAAACUCAGUAAUUUUUCUGAUUCUUCGAUUUUCACCGAUGCCUCGUUACGGACGUAGACUUCUGAACUCCUGUAUGGAAAGGAGGAUGCGGCAAUGGUCUGCUGCUUGCAGUCAAGCGUCAUUUUGACCUCUGUUGAUGGAUGCGAGCUACUCUCAUGACGAGGAUAAGCUUCAUGGCUGAUAAUGAAAAACUUUGCACUG